AUGCCAACUGGUAGAGCACGAGAUGUUGAAGCUACAGGGAGCCUCAAGGAAAGUCUAUUAGUGUUUAAACCUAGUGAACAAAUAAAGGGAGCUGCUGCAUACUGCAAACUCAGCCAGUGGUUAAUCCAGUUCAGGCAAUCGGACUCACUCAGCUUUUUGGGGAGAACGGAAAGCUGCUUAAUUUGGCAAACCGUAACUAAGCUCGGACUCAGAGAACGAGGAAACCAAAAACCAAAGAAGCUGCCUAUAGUCUUCUACAAUCAACUACUACACAGAAGAAGAAACCAAAGAAGAAGACCAAAGCAAGAAGAAGAAGAAGAAGCCAUGAGCUGCUGUUGCGGAGAUGAUUGCGAAUGCAGGCCUUUGGGGUUUUUAAUUGGCCUGCCCUUUGCCUUCAUCUCUCUUCUCCUCUCCGUUGUGGGUGUGUUCAUCUGGAUUGUUGGAUUGGCGUUGACUUGCAUAUGUCCAUGCUGCUUGUGCGUGACGAUCGUAGUUGAGCUUGCACUGGGGUUGAUCAAGGCUCCCUUUUCGGUCAUGAAGUGGUUCACAUCUAAGAUUCCUUGUUAG